UGAUGAACCUUGCCUCUAUUCCUGCUGUGCUGCUGUGCAGCCUCAGCUGGCUCUCUGUCUCAGCGUCUGAGGCUCAGACUGUGGAGGUUCAGUCCAAUGAAGAUGCCACACUCAUGUGCUCCAACAUGACCAUAAAUAGAAAUGCCACCUUCUGGUUCAGACUUGUUGAAGAAAAAGACAUCCAGUGUAUAUCUUUUAAGACCAGUCUCAACAGCAAAGUGGAACACUGCCCUGGCAUUCACCCUGCUAGAUAUAAAAUGUGGUCCAGUUCUGCUUCCAUCUCUCUCAAAAUCUCUUCAGUGAACACGUUCGACAGUGGAACAUACUACUGUGGAUUCUACUCAAAAGGCCGUCCUGUUUUCAGAGUAAAACACUUAAAGAUCAGAGGUCAAGGCAGUGAUGAGGCACAGGAGAGCACGGUCAGCGAAUGUACAAAAGAGUGUGGUGAAACAUCAAAGCUGGUCAGUCUGAUCCUCUGUGGUCUGGCUGUUUUCCUCGUGAUGGUCAUUGUUGGUCUGGUUAUUCAAAUCAGGAAACUCCAGACAGCUGCUGCAGAACAAAAGAAUUCACAACGUCAGGCAGGAAGGAGAGAACCAGAGCCAGAUGCUGUUUAUGCCAACGUCAGAUAGAAACGAACUGAAACCACUGCUUGAUGAUUUAUCGAACAGUUUUGUACUCUUUUUUUUAUUUGUAUGAGUAAACCAGUCUGUGCUUUAAGACAAAGACCUGAUGAAGGCUCCCUGCAGCAAAGCCCUAAUCCCUAAUAUUUCCUCUUUUUUCUUUCAGUCUGUCUCUUUAACAAAUGCAGUUAUAGCUGAUGAUUUAUAGAGAUGACCAAGAUAGCACACAACACUUCUCUGACAGGAAAUAACAGCACUGUGUGGUCUUAGCAAAACUGAGAGGCAAAAGAUGAAGUCUGAAGCAUCAAAGGUAUCUAUAAAUCUUGUGAAAAAGGUUUAAGUCUCUAUAGCUUCAUUAAAGUUGAAACGUACAGUCUUGACUAUCCUUUUUAAACUGGGAUAUCAUGAAUAUAAAUAACGUGAAUAAUGCUGGAUCUUUCUUGGAUGUCUGUAUGCGUAAACAUAUAAAAAUAUAAUUUCCUUUUUAUCUUGAGAAAAGAGACUGACAUUGGACGCAACAAGAAGAGACAUAUUUUAAAAGUUAAAGAACUUAAACUACAAAUCAGAGCAGCUUACUUUUUCCCCUACUUGGCUUGCCAUUCUAAUGACGCUAUCCUUGCCUACAUAGCCCUUACAGUAGCUUGUCUAUCAAGUUUUGAACUUGGGUGACUUUCCAGGGUAUAAAGAUUAAAUCUACACCAGUCAAUGUAAUAUUAAUUUUUUUUAAUCAAUUUUCCCAUCAAUGUUUAUUGUUUCUGCUGU